AUGUUCUGCCUAAGAAGCUGGCUGCCGCUGCUCUUCAUCCCGACCAACGCAUCGCCCGCCUUCAUCCUCCUCUUCUUCAUCUGCACCUACUUCCUCAACCGGCCCUGCGUCUACUGCUCCGUCCUGCUGCUCAUCCUCUUCCUGACCUCGUGCAACUGGUCCGACCGCUGCUUCUUCGACCUCAGCAGCAACUGGUUCCUCCCUAGGCCCAGCGCCAUCCAGCUGCCCGACGACGACGAGUCGCACGCGCUCGCCCUCGCCUUCAACGACACCCUCGUCGACAUGGUCAAUUCCACCGCCAAAGCCGCCGCCCGCGCCGCCGCAGACGAAAUCGCCGUGCUGCGCAACGAGUGGACCGGCCUGGGCGUCGAGUGGCUGCGCAACCUGCUGGGCAAGCGGGAGUGGAGGAUCGACUGCAUGGACAUUUACAUCAGGUUGUGA